AUGGCUCAAAAAUUCGAACAACUCAAAGAAGUGAUGAGCAACGUUGAAGAAGAUGGGCCAUCCCAUCUUGCUUACAAAAUCCAUGCAGGGGAGAACUAUGCCCACCCGCAAUUAUGCUUCUUUCAUGUCCUCUUCAAGGCUGCAUCUUUGGCAUUUUACAUACUUUCUACUCUAUUUGUGGAUAGUUUUGUCAUUAUUUUUGUGGUCACUGUUCUUCUUGCUGCUCUUGAUUUCUGGGUAGUCAAAAAUGUGAGUGGGCGUAUCUUAGUUGGUUUGAGGUGGUGGAAUGAAAUUAAUGAUGCUGGUGAGAGUGUGUGGAAAUUUGAAUGCCUUGACCAAGAGUCAUUGGCUCGGAUGAACAAGAAAGACUCAUGGCUAUUCUGGUGGACCCUUUACCUUACUGCGGUUGCAUGGAUCUUCCUCGCGAUAUUCUCUCUCAUAAGGUUUCAAGCUGAUUAUCUCCUGGUUGUAGGUGUUUGUCUGACCCUUAGCAUUGCAAAUAUUGUUGGCUUUACUAGAUGCCGCAAAGAUGCUAAGAAGCAGCUUCAAGCAUUUGCGACCCAGACUCUAGCAUCUCGAGUUUCAUCCACAAUACAGUCGGCCUUUACUGUUAUUUGA